UGGGAUAUGGUGGAAGGACACCCCAUAGAGAAAUGGCCCUUUAUUUUUCUGUUUCACCAUUUUCGUCGCUGAAAACAUUACCUAUCCUCCCUCAACUCUCGUCCGGUAAAGCCCCACGUGCCAAAACCACACUGACGGCCGAUCAAUCACGCCUCCACCCCAAUGUCGAAACUCGGAGCUCCGACCACUCUUUGCUUACUGGUUCGUCCUGCGCCUGCGGAAGAAGGGUCUUCAUUAACGCAGCUGCCACAUCUUUGCUUCCCAUUUGCUCCGCCAAAGCUUCCCAUUACACAGAUACGUUGAAAAAGAUUCACCCUCCGAGGCCAGAUUGGUAUGAAGAAUUCUAUGCUUCAGUUCUGGAUACGAGCAUGAAAUCUUAUGAAGCUGAGAUUGCAGGUUACAAGUCUGAGCUGUUUGCUAAUUUGAGAGGAAAGGCUGAAAGAGUGGUAGAGAUUGGGAUUGGGACGGGUCCAAAUCUUAGGUACUAUGGUGGAGAUAAAGGUGUCCAAGUUUUUGGGGUGGAUCCAAACAAAAAGAUGGAGAAAUAUGCCAAGUCUUCUGCCAUUGCUGCUGGUUUGCCGGUUCAGAAUUUUAAGUUUAUACAAGCAGUUGGCGAGGCUUUACCACUAGCCGAUGCUUCUGCUGAUGCCGUUGUUGGAACACUUGUAUUAUGCUCUGUUGGUGAUGUUAACUUGACCUUAAAAGAGGUGAAGAGAGUUCUCAAGCCAGGUGGACUUUAUCUCUUUGUGGAGCACGUAGCUGCAAAAGAAGGAAGCUCACUGAGAUUCAUACAGAGCAUUCUUAACCCUUUGCAACAGACUGUUGCUGAUGGGUGUCACCUGACAAGGGAAACUGGAAAGCACAUAUCAGAAGCUGGAUUUUCAAAUCUGAAGCUCAGCCUCACUUUCUUAUCUAAUGCCUCGCUCAUAAACCCUCACAUCUACGGAAUAGCUUACAAGUAAAUAGCAAUACCUGCAAUUUUCACCAAGCCAUGCCCAUGUCAUGCAAUUCAAAGUAACAAUUAACACAUAAAACUAUUAUUUAUACUAUUGGGGGUUCAUAUUAAGUUUGGUCAGGUUGAAGGGUUUAUUAAUUGUAGGCCUAUAUAUUUUGAAUGUAUACAAGUAAAUUUAUAUAUUGACAAAUUUACAUCCUUUCCUAGCAAAGAAAAGGUUGUGGGGAAAGUGAUAUUAUAUACAUAGUAAUGAUUGUUGUUGAUUUUGUAAAGACUAGUGUUGAAAAGGGUUUGUUCCUUUCCCUUGUAUCUCGUCUGUGGACAGAGUAAGAUGAGAGAAGACAAAGCCUUAUGGGGGUUGGGUCGGGGUGUAUUGAUGAUAACAUAAUGUAAUGUUCUUCAAUAUGAUGGGUAUGAAACUCUGUUAUAUUCUUAUUUGAAUGCCCCUUUUUGGCA